CAUUGAGCAAGCUUUGAAACUUCCAUGGCCAUGGGCACCAGAAAUAUCUGGCUAUUUCUCCUCUCCUUUCUCCAAACCGCCACAUUACUCCUCGCGCACGACCACCACGAUGAACUUCCCGAAGACAACGACACAAGGCCCAUAGAUACAGUAUUAUGGAUCCACAUAUUCCUUCAAGCUUUCGUCUGGGGGGUUCUCUUUCCAGUUGGAAUGGUAUUGGGGUUAUCAAAGAGUAGAUGGCAUGUUCCGCUUCAGGGAACCGGUUUCUUGUUAACAGCAGGGGGCUACGUCCUGGGACACGCCCACAAAGGUCGAGCUUUCCUCGAGGGUGCACACGGGAAAAUGGCGAAUAUUAUGUUCAUCCCCAUAUCCAGCCAACUGCUUCUUGGGAUCUAUCUAAAAUUACAUAUCCAUGAACAGACUUUAAGACCGUAUGCUGUCAAACUACAUGGUGUCAUUGGAAAGGCCUACCCGAUACUGGGAUGGGUACAGAUGCUCUUUGGUGCGAUUACAGUUGGGGGCUAUUGCAGAGGCGGGCAUUUAGGACAGUGUUUGGCGCAUUAUAUUAUGGGGAGUGGGUUUAUUGCGUAUGGGAUCAUCAUGUGUAUUAUGUUUUUGGUUGGAGAGAAUUGGGUAAGAAGGAGUGGGAGGAGUCCGGAAUGGUGGGAUUCUUGGGUUAUCAUGUUAUGGGGCAUUGUCAAUACCUUUACCGAACAUCGCGGCAGAUCGUGGUCGGUUAAAGAUAUGCAGCAUACGGUUCUGGGCGUUCUCUGGUGGACUGGUGGCGCGCUUGGUAUCUUUUUAGCGAGGAACAACCAGCGGAACGUCGUUCCUGGCAUUAUCAUCAUCUUGACGGGCUGGGGUAUGUCAGAUCACGCUCAGGAACUUAUGAUUUCUACCAAGGUCCACGCAACGUUCGGAUAUACUCUCAUCCUCGCAGGCGUUGCACGUAUAAUCGAAGUAUGUUAUUUCGUCCCGAGGUAUACUAGUAUCAACGACUCGGCUGCGAUUGAUGGUGAUGAUGGGGGGAGCGACCAUACGUUAGCUGCGACUACUACCGAGGUGGAAGGUGGUGGAAAAGCAGUUGCUGGAAGAGCGUUCAGACAUCUACCGUCGUUUUUACUUGUUUCGGCAGGGCUGUUAUUCAUGUCAGCGACGGAUGAAGAGUUGCGAUACGUGCAUUCGGUUGAGAUGGACCAUGUUACGUAUAUUCUUAUUAUGUUUAGCGUAUCUUUCAUUCUCUACACCCUCGUCGUUUCUCUCAUUCAUCUAUACACCACAUCUGGACGCAACGCUAUGAAUUCAAAGAAAGGCGGGAGGUCGAAUAAUAUAGAGUUGGUGGAGACACCUUUGGCGGCUGGGUUUUAUGAGAGGGUACCUACGGUGGGGAGACCGGAAGAGUCGAGGCAUGUUAUUGGGGAUGACGAUGAGGAGUAAGGGGGGUUUGAUGGAGGGGGUAUCUACCUGACUGAUAAAGCGGAGAAUUUGCUGGUGUACAUCGCUUUUUUUUGUUGUCAAUGCCUUGUAUGUAGUCAGUUGUAAAGAGGAAGUGUUCGAGUUUUUCGGUG